AUGGUGAAGACAAUUGGUCAAGAGUUCUAUUGCAGCAAUGCAAGUUCCCAAUCCUUUCAGCCAUUUCCAAUGUUGGAAACUCUCCAGUUUGAGCAGAUGUCAAAGUGGGAGGAGUGGCUACCAUUUGAAGGUAAAGGUAGCAAUUUUCCUUUUCCUUGUCUGAAGCGUUUGUGUUUAUUCAAGUGCCCCAUGUUGGGAGGAAACUUGCCCAACCGUCUACCUUCAUUGAAAGAGGUUCGUAUUUUAGAGUGCAACCAACUGGAGGCAAAAUCAUGCGAUCUGCAGUGGAAUACAUCAAUUGAAGAAAUGAGUGUUAGAAAAGGGGGAGAGGGGUGGUUGUCUUCGCUUAACUUGUCUUAUCGUAGACUAUCAAUUGAGAAGCGUGACAGCUUGCAGUGUUUGCCAAGAAUGAUACUCAGUGCCAACUGCCUUCGAUACUUGACUCUUACAGAUAUCAAGUCUUUGGUUUCCCUCCCAACUGAUGGUUUGCCCACGUCAUUGCACUCACUUCGCAUUACUGGUUGUGAGAAGUUAGAACUUGUGUGUGACGAAAGAUGGCACAAAUAUACAUCACUGGAAUACCUGACACUAUGGAAUUGUGAUUCGCUCAUGUCCUUUCCUCUGGAUUGCUUCCCAGCUCUUCGAAACCUUUGGAUCUAUGACUGUACCAAUUUGGAAGCAAUUACUAAUAAAGGAGGAGGGGCCUCUCCUAAUUUAUUAAAUGGUUUUACUGUCCAUAAGUGUAAGAAACUCAGGUCACUUCCAGAAGAGAUGGAUCUCCCUGCCCUUCAAAGCUUGUACCUUAGUGAACUUCCAGAGUUAGCGUCAUUGUCCCCAAGGUGGUUGCCUUCCAGUUUACAAGAUCUUGGUGUUGAUGGUGGAAUACUAUCAUUAUCAUGUAUGUCUAAACAAGAGUUAGUUUGCCAAUUCCAACGCCUCACUUCUCUGCCACAUCUUGGUCUCAGUGGUUUGGGGGAUGAAGAUGUGAUCAACACCUUGCUGAGGGAGCCAUCACUGCCCACUUCUCUCACGUCUGUGUGUCUAUCCAAUUUUUAUGGUUUGAAGUGGUUGGAAGGGAAAGGGCUUCAACAUCUCACUUCUCUUAAAGAGCUUUAUAUCUCCGAGUGUGGAAGGCUUGAGUCAUUGCCAGAGGAUCAACUGCCAUCGUCUCUGGAAUUCCUGUGGAUAAAUAGAUGUCCAUUACUACAAAAAAGGUAUGAAAAUGAGAAAGGAGAACACUUCUCAAAGAUUGCUCACAUUCCUGCCAUCAAGAUAAACCGUCAAGUCAUAAUAUGA